GGCACUCCGAGCGGAGCAGAGCGGCAGCGGCAGCGGCUGAACACAAAAGACUGCGGGAAAGAGAAGCCGGAUUCUCGUCUUCUUCCUCCCUCCGUUUCAUCCCAGAGAGAGAGAGAGAGAGAGAGAGAGAGAGAGAUGAGGAGCGGAGAGAAGAGGGAGUAGAAGGAGAGAGUGAAAAAGAGGAGCGACGGACGCCUCUGGAGGACAGCACCGCCCGCGCCCGCGCCUCCGCCACCGCCGCCGCGUAUGAGCAGCGAUCCACGCGUCUGCGCGCCUCCCCCCCGCCCCGGCGUCCACACAGCUCGACCGUGCAGCCAGGAGGAAGCCGGCGUCCCGCUCCAGCUCCCGCUCCGCGUCGCUAAUUAAGGUUUUUCGAGGGGCUCGUGGGCUCAUGCCGGAAACGAGGCGCGGUCUCCUCUGGAGGAUGGGGCGUCUGGCCCGGCUGCUCUGCCUCUGUUCCCUGGCCCUGAGCUACACCGUGGCUGGCGAGGUGUGCGUGGCCGGCCAUGACAGCGGCCCCGUGUUCGAGGAGCAGCCCUCCAGCCUGGUCUUCCCGGAAGGCCUCCCCGAGGAGAAGGUCACCUUGACCUGCCAGGCCAGAGCCAGCCCUGCCACCACGUACAGGUGGAGGGUGAACGGCACGGACGUGCUGGUCGAGGGGGACCCGCGGUACAGCCUGGUGGCGGGGAACCUGGUGAUCAGCCAGCCCCUGAGUGCCCGGGAUGGGGGGUCCUACCAGUGCCUCGCCACCAACCGCUGCGGCACCAUCGUCAGCCGGGCCGCCAACCUCAAAUUCGGCUACCUCCAGGAAUUCUCCCCAGACGUGAGGAGCCCACAGACCGUGUAUGAAGGAGCAGGAGUCACACUUACCUGCCAGCCACCUCCGCACUACCCAGCUCUGUCCUACCGCUGGUUCAUCAACGAAUUCCCGAAAUUCGUCAAGUCGGAGAAGGGCCGCAAGUUUGUUUCCCAGGUGACGGGGAACCUGUACCUGGCCAAGGCAGAGGCCAGCGACUCAGGAAACUACUCCUGCUUCACCACCAGUCAAAUGGCUUUCAACACCAAGAGUGUCUUCAGCACAGCCAAUCAGCUCACCGUGCAGCCUGACGCCAACCCGAGGAAGUCUUCUCCCAACAUCAAAGUGAGGUUCCCCUCAGACACCUAUGCUUUGGCUGGGCACGGCACGCAGCUGGAGUGCUUCGCUUACGGAAAUCCCGUGCCAGACAUCCGCUGGAGGAAAGUGGACGGCGCGCUGCCCUCGAAGGCCACCACCAGCAACGACGGGCUGGUUCUGGUGCUGCCCGACCUGGGGUUCGAGGACGAGGGGACCUACGAGUGCGAGGCCCGCAACUCGGAGGGCCGCGACACCCACCAGGGCCGGAUCAACGUGCAAGCCCAGCCGGAGUGGCUGCAGGUGAUGAGCGACUCGGAGGUGGAGAUCAGCGCACAGCUGCGCUGGAGCUGCAUGGCUGCUGGGAAGCCCAGGCCGUCCGUCCGCUGGCUGCGCAACGGCCAGCCGCUCGCCUCCCAGGAUCGAGUGGAGAUCGACGGCGGCCAGCUCAAGAUCAGCAACCUGGCCCUGGAGGAUUCUGGGAUGUACCAGUGCGUGGCCGAGAACAAGCACGGCACCAUCUACUCCAACGCAGAGCUGAGGGUGCAAGUCCAGUCUCCGGAUUUUCGGCUGAACCCGGUGCGGAGGCUGGUCCCGGCAGCGCGCGGUGGCCAGGUGCUGAUGCAGUGCAGGCCCAGAGCCGCGCCCAAACCCACGCUCUUCUGGAGCCGCGGGACCGAGCUGCUCACCAACAACAGCAGGGUGACGGUCACGCCGGACGGGAACCUCUUGAUCACCAACAUCAGCCGGGCAGACGAGGGGAAGUACACCUGCUUCGCCGAAAACUACCUGGGCAAGGCCAACAGCACCGGCCACCUCUCUGUGAGAGAUGCCACCAAGAUCACGCUGGCACCCUCCAACGCUGACAUCAACCAGGGCGAGUCUGUGACUCUGCAGUGCCACGCGUCACAUGACCCCACGAUGGACCUGACCUUCACCUGGUCCUUGAACGGGGUCCUGCUGGACCUGGAAGACACCAACGAGCACUACCAUCGCGCAGAGACCAAAGAGACCAUUGGGGACCUGCUGAUUGUCAAUGCGCAGCUGAUGCAUGCUGGGACAUACGUCUGCGCGGCCCAGACGGUGGUGGACAGCGCCUCUGCUUCCGCCAAACUCGUAGUCAGAGGUCCUCCUGGACCACCAGGGGGCGUAGCUGUUAAGGAUGUGAAUGAGACGGCUGUGGAGCUGCGAUGGAGUCGGGGCUAUGACAACCACAGUCCAAUCGGGAGGUACAUCAUAAUGGGCCGGUCGCCAUUGGCUGGUCCCUGGAAACAGAUGAGAACAGAUCCUCCUAAUAUCGAGGGGAACGCGGAGUCGGCCCGCGUGAUUGGUCUCUCGCCCUGGAUGGACUACGAGUUCCAGGUCAUCGCCAGCAACAUCCUGGGCAGCGGGGAGCCCAGCAUGCCCUCGCAGGUCGCCCGCACAGGGCAAGCAGCCCCCUCAGUGGCCCCCAAUGGGCUCGGUGGAGGAGGAGGAGAUCGACACGAGCUCAUCAUCACCUGGACACCAAUGGCUCGCGAGUACCAGAACGGAGAUGGUUUCGGUUAUAUCCUGGCCUUCCGCAAGAAAAACUCUCCCACCUGGAUGGUGGAGAAGGUGCCCCACGUUGAGUCCACGCGCUUCGUUUACCGAAAUGAGAGCCUGUCCCCUUACUGCCCCUUUGAGGUCAAGAUCAAGGCCUACAACAAGAAAGGGGAGGGGCCUUUCAGCCAGGUGGCCUUGGUUCACUCUGCCGAGGAAGAGCCGACCAUCUCCCCCCGGAAGGUCAACGCCACCGCGCUGACGGCCUUCGAAAUCGCGGUGUCGUGGGAUGCCGUGCCUCACCUGACUGCCAAUGGCGUCCUCCGUGGCUAUGAGAUCCGGUACUGGCGGCAGCCGCACAAGCAGGCCGCGGCGGACCGCGUGCGGACGGCGGGACUGGAGACGACGGCGCGCGUGACCGGCCUGAGGCCCAGCACCCUGUACCAUGUGACCGUCCUGGCCUACAACAGCGCCGGCACCGGGCCCCCCUCCCCCCACGCCACCGUGACCACCAAGAAGCCCCCCCCAAGCCGGCCCCCAGGAAAUGUGUCAUGGAAGACUGAUGGAUCGUGGGUAACGGUGAGGUGGGAUCGCGUCAAAGCCCUUAAGAAUGAGUCUGCUGUCCUGGGCUACAAGGUGCUGUACAAGCACGAGGGCCUGUCCGCGCUGAAGGUUUUGGAGAAGGACCAGACCUCCGUCAGCCUGCCCCUGCCCAAGGACGACGGCUACGUCGUGCUGGAGAUCCGUUCCUGGGGGGAGGGGGGCGACGGGGCGGCACACGAAACGAUCGUCUCCCGGGAUUCAGGAACUGGAAUGAUGGUUCAGAAUUCAGCCAAGAUCCUCUGCUCCCAUAAGUCAGUUCUCCUUACCGCUGCAGCAUUGCUCACUCUCAUUGGUUUACUGGAACUCUAACUUCCACCAACCCAAAGGUGACUCUGCUUCAAGCUCUAAGCCUAUUUGUUGGAUCCAACUCACUUAUUCCACUUUGGUGAUUUUUGAUGUAGGGGGCAGGGGUUGUUAGUAAG